CGGUGGGCGGCGGGUCGGUGGGUGAGCGCUGGCAGCGCGGCGGCCGUGGCGCGGCACCGGUGGCGGGGGUAACAGCAACAGCGAAGGAGCGUCGUCAACAACAGCGGCGGCGGCGGCGGCAGUGUUAUUCACGAGCAACGCGCCGUAGCGUUCCGUAGCCAGCCGCCACACACACUGUGCGUCCAGCUCGUCCGAGCGCUCACAAACACGACGACGUCUCUCGCGCGCGCUAGAAUUUUUUUUUAAAUUCGUGCAGCUGCUGCAGCACGCCGCGAUUAAUUAUUUUUUUUUUGUUCUCUCUUUCCGCGUCCAACGCGUUCUGCCGACGUCGCAAAGAAAACAAUAAUAAUAUAUUUUAUUUUUUCCAAUCGUCCGUCGCGAACGGAUUUGCGAUUUUAAAUUUUUCCCCAACCGUCACCGACGACAGGCAGGGGCCUGUCCGAUAUUCCGUGUAAUAAAUCAUAUAAUAAUAAUAUUAUUAUAUAUUAUUGUACACGUCCAUCGCAUACUUCUGCGGUAUCACGUUUUACGUUUUACCGCCGUCGCACUGUCGUCAGAGUAAUCGCCCGAACGACGUUCGCGAUCCGGGGCUGCACACGCACGUCUGUCCUUCAGUCAAGACGGAGUUUCACGCAGACGAACCCCGGUGGACGGAAACCACUGUCAUCGCAGGCGUUAGCCGUAUAUGAUGUUGGCCCGGCGCCGGAGACGCCGAUACCGACGUGACAACGCCACAGCGACCGUAAGGAAGACAGUAGUAGCAGUGACCAGUGGAGCAGCAUCAGCAGCAGCGACAUCGACUGUUGGACACAUCAGCAGUGCAUUAGUGACGAACGGCAGCAGACAUGACAACGACGGUGGGUCUUCUGUCUCCCUUGUUGCCUCCGACCGCAGUCACCGCUGCCGUAGCCGAAGAGCACCAGCAACAGGAUUAUUAUUACGUCCCUCCGCCGCAGCCGACUCGCGUCGUACGCAUGAAAAUGUGGAGUGACGACGACGACGAAAACAAUUAUUGCGCCGACGAUAAUUCGACGAAUAGUUUCUUAUUACUGAACAACAUGGGUAUUCAUGUUCCUCCGAUGACAACGAUAAAUACAAGCAUGUCAAAUGAAACUGGCAGUGAAUCAAAUGCGUGUAAAAGACGGUUAUCCUCGUCAUUAGAAAAUGAUCAUAUUCCUAAAAUAGCUAGGCGUAUGCUUAAUAACGAGGACCUUUUGCAAAAUGAUCACAUUGUCGAGCAAUUGGAUACGGCGUCUCGACUAGACGAAGACGACGCGACAUCAUCAAUUGUUGCAGCUAUAGCGGCCGUUACUGAUGAUUCCGAUUGCAGUAUUGACGACGACGAUGACGAUGAAGACGAUGACGACGACGAAGACGACGACGACGAUCAAUAUUUGCCGGCCGGCAGUUUGUCACUAUCCUCGUCCAACAGUAGCAACGUCACAAACUCCACAAAUUCUUCGUCACUAUCGCCCUCCCAACAGCAUCACGCUCAGAAUCAUUGGAGGCAAAAUCACCAACAACAGCAAACCAUCAAAUGCGACACUAACGGUAAGUGUUAUUUGGAUUUAGGUAGCGGUGGUAGCAGCACAACGCUGACAACGACCAUGACUACGAUGCAACCGCGAAUCAACAGUGAACCGGAAUGUUGUGAACUGGGGCGUUGUGUACCUUCAACGCAGUGCUACAGACGGCGCAGAGCCGCAGUAUUUGACGCUUCAAUGCGCAAAUUAGGAAAAUCGAGCGGUGGGUCUGGAAGUAGCAGCUCACAACAGAGCUGUGAAGCUGGACUCCGGAGGUCCGUUCUCAUUUGCAACACGUUAAGAUUGAUCGAACGUGAAAUGUCACGAGAAGCUGCUGCCGCUGCGCAACAGGCUCAACAACGGCGUUGCUGUGCAUCGACAACGUCGAACACGUCACAGCAAAUGAUACAACAGCAACAAAUCGAUGUUUCACACCAACACAACAACCAUAACAGCAACAACAACAGACGAUCUCCUACACCGUACCCAUCGGAAUACAGAAAUGGCCGACCGGAAAUGAUGGUCGAUCAUAACAGCAGUAGCAGUAGCAGCAGCAGCAGCAGUAGCAGCACAACCGAUUCCAUAGACUCUGGUGUUGACGACGAAUACUAUUACGACGAAGACGAAGAAGACGACGAUCAUCAUAGCCAUAACACAGGGAUGGCAAAUAAUCAUCAGGAUCUAAACAAUCAUCAUCUCCAAUAUUACCAUUUAAACGGAAGUAUCGAAGACUGUGACAAUUAUAUUAAUUCUGACGAUUACGACGAAGACGACGAUGAUGAAGACGACGAAGACGAAACUAAUAAUUCGCCUUUAACGGAACUACAAAUUUAUGAUAACAGUUUCAAUAACAAAAGAAACACGGCGUUGAGUAUUGGUGAUAACCAUUGUGACGAUAACAUACUACCACUAAUGGGCAAUAGUAACACGACGACGGUUACGUCUAUCGAUUGGGGUUCAGUUCUAAGUUUGUCGUCGUCGAAUAGCAACAAUAAUGGCAAUAAUUCGCAGUCUACAUCGUCGACUUCGAUAACAAUGAUGAACAAUAUGGAUAGCGAUUGUGAUGAUAUCACAACGAUAAUAUCUUUGCCAAAUCAAGAUCGCAAAUCUCAACAACAUAAACGUAGGAGGCGACACUAUAAACAUCAUUACCAUCAUAGUCAAGUUCAUACGAAACACAGACAUCACCAUUCCCAUAACCACCAGAGGUCGCAAAAACGUCGAGAGCGUGGAGUAGCAUCAUCAUUACCAAUGUCAAAAAACAGGACAACAAAUUAUCAAGUACUGUCCCAAGUAGGUUCUUGUAACAACGAAUAGAUAAUCUACAUAUUUUAUAAUCGCAAUAAUACGCUCAUUGGAAAUUUGCUUCAAACUUUUAAAAAAGCAUCAACACUAUGGUGUCUGACUUUGAUGUUACAAUGGCAAACUAUAUUUACCUAGAUGUUUACACGUGUACCUGAUAGAUCACAUAUUAAAUAAUUAUAUUGAAUGUCUACCUACAAAGGUAUGGAUAUGCAAAUAGCAACCGACAAGGAUGGCUGUGUAAUAUUAUAACCACCGGGCAGCUCAAUUAUUAUUAUUAUUUUUUAAUUUUAAUGUAGGUUAUGUUAUACUUUAUUAUCUCUUAUAGUAUAUAUUUAUGCGGACGUAUGUUUUUUUUCAAAAUAAAUAACAACCAAAUAUUACUAAAUUUUCCAUCAUAACACUUUCACCAUAACAAUUAAAUGUUUUGCAAUAAGUAUAUAUAUAUAUAUAUGAAUGCGUUGAUAUUAUGUCAUAUAAUAUGUUAAGAGACUCUUGUUACCAUUUUAAAAGUUUUAUUAUAAUAUAAUAUAUAUAUAAAUUUUUAUAUAUAUAUUAUUAUUAUUAUUAUUUGUCGUAUCGUAAUAUUAGACUUUAAAUUAUUAUAUUACAAUCAAUUGUUUUUAGACUUAGGUUCCAAAUUUCAGUUACAGAUAAGAAUCCCUCCCACAACAAAAUAAUAUUAAUUUAUUAUUAAAUAUUUUAUAGUAUCAAUAUAAAUGUUAACUAUACCUUUGAUUUUUAAUUUGAACCAAAGUUAUUCAAUACACAAUGUGAAAUAUAAAAACAUAUUUUAUCUGAUGCGGCCUAUUUUGUAUUUGACAAUUUUUGAUACGAAAUGUAUCAUUCUAUCCGUCCAUAGGUAAUGAAACACAAGAUAAAAAUUAUCAACUUACAAUAAUUAACAGCUGUAUCUGAACAAAAUUAAUUUAUCGUCCAAAUAGUAACAUUUGUUUUUUUUAUCGAGAUCUCUGUUUUCUUUUAAAACUUUUAUUUGUAUGUAUACAAUCAAUUUGUUUGGUUUUUUUAAAUAAGAAUUAGGGUUUUGGUUAACACUGUAAAUUAAAAGUUGUGUUGUCUACAAAUUCAAUUAUGUACUUAUUAAUAAAAUUACUUUGUAAUUACAGUAUUAUUAAUUUAAAUAAUAAAAUUUAUAAAUAUGUUGAAAAAGCAAUAAUAAUAAGUAAAUUAAAUUAAUUUUUACUCUCUGAAUGCACUGAUGAUGUUUGUUAAUAAUAAUAGUAAAAUAUUGUAAUAUAUUAUUAAUAUCGAAGAGCUGCUCAAUGAACCAAUAUUAGCAACAUUGUUUAUGAAAUUAUGUAAUUAAAAAUAUAAAUUGUAUAGAUAAAUAAGUUAUAAGUAUAAAUAUAUAUAAACGUGUAUAGAUAUAAAAAUCAUAAUGUUUAUCUAAUGAACAGAACAUGUAUAAUGUAUAAUAUAUUAUAUGAUAUUGUUGUGGUAAUUUAAUUGUUUUACCAUAAUCAAAAGUCGAAAAUUACAAUUAUUUUGUUAAAAUAAAUAAAGGAUAGGUAUAUAUGUGAA